ACCGAAUGGCCGAAUCAAAUUGCGUGGAUUCUCUAACGAAACAGAAUCUAAUUGUUUUUAUUCUUUUUUAAUUCUCUGAGAACCAAAGGAAAACCUUUUCUCGGUGCAGUGUUGUUUCUUCUCCUCUCUCGAUCCCACGAAACCCUAACCCUAGCGUCUGCAAAAGGCAAUGUCCGAUCACAAAUCAGGAUCCGACCCGAACAGCCAAACCCGACUCUACAAUCCCUACAAGGACCUCGAAGUUCCUAUUCGAAACCUCUACCACCUCCCUACCUCGCCGGAGUUCCUCUUCGUCGAAGAGGCUCGCCGCAAGCGCCGCUCGUGGGGCGAGAACCUCACCUUCUAUACUGGCUGUGGCUACCUCGCCGGAGCAGUUGGCGGUGCCAGCGUUGGUCUCGUUGAUGGCGUCAGAUCCUUCGAGUCCGGCGACACCACGAAGCUCCGAAUCAACCGCGUGCUCAACUCGUCUGGUCAUUCGGGUCGGGCGUGGGGAAACAAGAUCGGAAUCAUCGGGUUGAUCUAUGCGGGAAUCGAAAGCGGGAUCGAGGCGGCGAGAGACACCGAUGAUGUGUGGAACAGCGUGGCGGCAGGGCUUGGUACCGGCGCACUGUAUCGAGCGGCGAGAGGGGUAAGAUCAGCGGCGGUGGCCGGAGCGGUGGGUGGGGUUCUGGUCGGAGUGGCAGUAACGGCGAAGCAGGCGCUGAAACGAUACGUUCCUAUAUGAGCGAUAAAUUGAUCAAUUUUGAGCGAUAAUUUGAGGUUAAAUUGAGAUAUAGAUUAUCAUUAUGGUAAUAUCUAUGUUGCUGUUGAUGGUAGUGACUAGGUUAUAUAUCUCUUGCAAACUAUUGGUUUAUUGCCAUAUUUUUUGAGCUCGUUUAUGGCUAACGGUUCUAAUGUGUAAUUUAUUGAGUCAUAUUGUGGUGAAAUUAAAAGAUGGAUUUGGCUACCCU